AGCAGAAACAUUUAAUACAGAAAAUCAUUUUUUUAUUUUUCUUCCUUCUUCUUCUCUCUGUUUUCUCUACAUUUUCUAAUCAUUUUCUUGCAUUUCCUCGAUUAUCAAGCAGUUCUGUCAUGGUAUCAGAGCCAAGUGUAAUGGUUGGAACAAGUCAAAUCCUUAUGGUAUCGCCAUUUCCAACCAAUCUGUUGAAGCUUGAUGAUAUCAACUUUUUUGUUUGGCGAUCUCAGAUCUUGCCAAUCCUCAAGGGUUACAAAUUCAUCAAGUUCAUUGAGUUUUCGAAUUUUGAAGAAGCAAGCCAUAAUGAGCCGCAUAGCUUAAGGUCAGUCAUUAAUGGUGAUUUGGAUGAGUCAAGAGCAGCAUAUUUCUGUCAACAGAAGGAGAACCGGUAUAUUCAAGAUCAAUUUUUACUUGGCUGGUUGAAAGUCAUGCAGGAUAUAAUGUCUCUGGUGGGAACUCUACAAACUUGCCAAACUUCAAUUCUAUUGGGCAAACUUUUCAACUGCAAGGAGCUCCUAUAUAAUCACAUGCUCAACUUGGUCAUAUUGCUUCCUCUAAUAAUGGUGUUCAUGCUCAUUAUAUUCAGAAUCCAGCUUUGGUUACUGGUUUCAACCCAACUGGACUUGGUUCACGUUCUAUGGUGAAUUUUGCUACACCAAUCACUAUUGGUGAUCCCAAUUGGUAUCUGGACAGUGGAGCUACAAAUCAUGUGGUUGGAAAUACUCAAAAUCUGUUGCAGCAUGUUGAUUACAAUGGUAAGAACUAGCUUUUAAUUGGUAAUGGUCAAGGACUUCAAAUUACUAGUUUAGGAGGAACUUUACUGCCUUAUUUUGCUGCAUAUUCUUUAAUCUUAAAGAAUAUACUGAUUGUUCCUAAUAUAGCUAAGAAAUUAAUUAGUAUUUCACAAUUGCUCAAGGCAACCCUAUUACUGUGGAGUUUUAUUCUAAUUACUAUU